AAUAUACUUCAAUGGAUGCGAUUUUAAAAAUAUUAAAAAGCAACUUACCAAAAUGUAAAUCAGUGAUGGGAUAGACGUAAAUAUGAAAGUACACGAAAAAAAAAAUAUUAGAAACGCAUAGGAAUUUGAUCCUUCGAUUAAAGAUACUGAGAUCACCAUGUUUGAAGGCGUAGUGGCCUACGCUCUCAAUAAAUAUUUGGGUCGGUUUGUGGAAGAUUUGGACAGUGAGCAGCUGAAUGUAGGAAUAUUUAGUGGAACUGUGCAUCUAACGGAUUUGCAUUUGAAGCCCGAAGCCUUGGCCGGUUUUGAUCUUCCCAUUGAAGUGAAAGGAGGAUGCAUCGGAAAAAUUUCAAUCGAUAUUCCAUGGACUUCUCUAUACUACGAACCAGUCCUCGUACACAUCGAGGAAGUGUUGGUGUUGGCAGGUCCAACUGCAGACCGGAAGUAUGACGCAGAAAGAGACAAGCGCCUGACUCGCGCACAUAAGAAUAGGAGACUUGAAGAUGCAAGGCCACCGGAUCCCGAAGCACCAGGAGACCGGCCCAGAGGUUUCAUGGAGAACCUGGUAACCACGAUCGUCAACAACGUUCAGGUGUCACUUCAAAAUGUGCAUAUUCGUUACGAAGAUACCGUAUCGACUAGCGGACCUCUGGCAUGUGGUUUGGUGCUUCAAAAUUUAACUGCUGUUACCACUAAUAGCAAAUGGAAGGCUACACAAAUUGAUGCUGAUGCGAGGAGCCUUUUUAAGCUCCUGAAAGUUGAAUCUCUGUCACUGUACUGGAAUCCAAAAUGCCCAACAAAUACUUUAGUAAAAGCACAACUAAAUUCAGAAGGCUGGAAAACUUUACUUCGAAAGGGAUUGGCCACAUUCAGCAUUAACGGAGAAGAUUUUGAUUUCAUCGUAAAACCUGUCUCUCUGAAGACGAAAAUGAUUCUGAACAAGUCGAAGGAAGCCAAAGUGCCCAAGCUACUCCUGGACUUCGUGUUGCAAGAUGCUGCAUCUCAGCUUUCGAGAGAACAGUUUGUGAGCAUGUAUGAACUUGGCAGAGCUUUUGAAUUGAUGUCAUUGAGCCAGAGAUUUCGCAAAUAUUUUAGAGGCCUUUCUGUCAAAGGGCACGCAGCUGAUUAUUGGAGGGAUGCAUACACAGCUGUUCUGGAGGAAUACGUCAGGCCAUACACGUGGUCUCGAAUAAAAGAACACAGAGACAAAUAUCGACAGUAUAAGGCGAUGUACAAAGAACACCUCCACAGGCCGACGGAUACAGAACUUAAAUUGGAUUUGCAGUUGUUGGAAGACUCUCUUGACGUCACGAGCAUCUUAGCAGCAAGGGAACAGGCCAAAAUGAAGAUUGCCGAAGACGAACCAAGUCUAGUUCGAAAAGUUCCAGUUGGGAAAUCUUGGAGUUUCUGGAGCUGGUUCUCUUCUUCAGGUGAAGACCUGGUAGAUGGCUCUAUAGAUUCUCCGAAAGGCGAUAAAUCUGAAGAGGAAGAACUUUUAAUAGUUGGUGACAAGGAUCGAAGUUGGUGGUCAAGGAUGACCGCUGAAGAAAGACGAAGGCUCUUUGAAGGCAUCGGUUAUGAACGUUGGGCACCUGAUCCUGAGGCAGCUCUCAACCAUAUCGGACAUAAACUGAAUUUCACAUUCGCCAACUGUACUUUGUCUUUGGUAAACAAUGGAAAGGAGAUACUUGUAGCCACUGUGACGCAUUUCUUGUCCAGUCUGGAGACACGACCUGGAGCGAAGGCUUACAAGGUUUCUGCUAGAACUGAAAGUAUCGUCAUUGAAGGGGCAUCUUUGGAAAAUGAUUUGGUGCCUAUUAUCACUGCAGAUAAUGUUACAAGUGGAGCCAAUGUGCCGCAUAUUUUUGCCUUAGAUUUUGAGAAGAAUCCAUCUCACGUGAACGCCAGUUACGGACUGAGUAUAACAGCAGAGCCCAUGGAAGUUGUUUAUCAUAAGUAUGCAAUGAAAGAGCUAUUAGACUUUUGUGAACUACCCCGAGUAAGUGUCGAGCUUCUGAAACAAAAAGCGAAAGAUAAAUUUAAGAUUUUGGCAGACGCUGGCAGGGAGAAAGUUGUGCAUGCUUUCGCUAAACACAAGAUGAUGCACUUAAACGUUGAUCUCAAAUCGCCUUACUUUGUUAUACCUGAACACGGCUCUUUACAGCAAGGAGGAAGUGUCAUAGUUUUGGAUACUGGACGAUUUACAGUGAAUACUGAUUUGCAGUCUGAUGUACCAGAGGAGUCCACCAAAAUGGAAGCAGAAGAAAGACUUUAUGACAGGUUUAACAUAGCGCUUUCGGAUAUACAGGUCCUUUUCUCAGAUUCAGGGGAAGAAUGGAGGGUUGCGAAACAAGCAUCGGAAUCUGAGAUGCAUUUGGUGCCAAAAGCGAAGAUUCUGGUGGUUUUCUCAAACAGUGUUCGACCAGACUGUAAAGCUCUACCGAGGCAAAAGCUCAAUAUUAGUGUUCCUAGUUUAAAACUGAAUCUCUCAGAUCGUAGAGUAUCGAUGAUUGCUGAUUUCUUGCAAAACAUUCCAUUUCCGAAGUCAAAAGCCGAACCUAUGGGGAUCUCGUCUUCUCCAAGUGACUAUCAUCUGUGUAGCCACGUGUUACGAGAGCCAUCUGGUGCUGAUCUUAAAGAAGUGUGGAAAAAUCUUCAUAGAAAGCAAAAAAUUAAAAAGCUCACACCUGACGCAGAAAAAUCAAAUAACCUGUCAAGUCCAUUACACCGUUCUUUAUCUGCUUCCGACCAUUCUGAUGAAGAGGAACCAGGAGGUUCUGCCGAGCGCUGGGCAAGAGUUAUAGAUCUCCCUGGAUUCGAGGACAAUGUUUCGGCCAGCAAUUAUAUCCGAAUUCUCUUCCGACUUGUGGCUGGAGAAGUGUCCAUACACCUAGCUCGGUCCAGCGAUUUGACCGACAAGCCCUACUUGAUGCUGCGAGCAGAGAAACUAUGUGUUGAUGCAGCUCAUAUGGUCUAUGGACCUGCACUUCAAGCGUCAUUACAUAGGAUACAACUAGUGGAUAAACUACAUAAAGGUUCUUCCGGUGAAUAUCUGGAAUUGAUCAGCUCAGAUAACUCAGCAGAUAUGAUAACCGUUCUGUAUAGAAAGGUGCAAGCCAAUUGUCCAGAAUUCAAAAGUCACUUCCACCAGGUUGAACAUUCUUUAGUACUGGAUGUGAGUACGCUUUCAAUGGCAUUCCAUCGAGAGGCUUUCGUAACUUUGGCGAGAUUCCUACAAUACGUCUCGGCUAAGCUAAAACCAAAAUCUUCUAGCAUCAGAAUUAGCACCACGCUAAAGCCCACAGAUCUGGUUCUUGCUGAUACAUCAGAUCCUCCUGUACCACCAGGAGCAACGAAGUUUAGCAUUUCUGCACGUUUGAACGCUCUGCGUGUCCGCCUUUGUGACACGGAACUUGAAUUAGCGGACCUGAAAGUUGCUGGUCUUGAGACAGAUUACGUCUUGAAAGCCAAUGAGAAGUCAGUUCUUCGAGUAAAUCUUUCAGAACUCACAAUGGAAGAUUUGGUGGAGGAUACUCUGUACAAAAAGAUUUUAUCUACUGAGGGGGAUAAAGUGUUUGACAUUAAGUGGGUUCGUCGAAGCCCUCACCAAAAGGAAGUUAUGGAAGGGAGCAAGAAAGACUCUCUCCCAGUUCGAGUAGACGGAAGCCUAACAAUACGUUUUGGCAGAACGAUGGUUGUGCUAUUGCAUACUUUCGCUAAUGAGCUCCACAGAUUCUUGGAUCCCUUCUUGAAUAUGGAUACAGCAACUUUUUUCAAGAAAUCAACAGAAGGAAAAUUUCAACAAAAAGUUUCCGAGUUCCAGCAAAGUGGUCUUCGGUACCAAGUGUCUGUUGAGAUUCAAGCACCAACUAUCUUGCUGCCUCAGAAGUCGACCUCUCCCAAUGCCCUUGUUCUGCAACUGGGCGAACUAAGCGUGGAAAACUUUUUUCAGGAAGAGCAGGAUCACUGCAUCGAUAAUCUACUGAUUCGACUACAAGCUUUGCAGUUAGCGAGGGCAGUAAUUCUCUUGGAUGGUCGCAUGGAAGUUUUAGAACCUAUACUUGAACCCCUAAAACUGAGACUUGAUAUUAAAAGAGCUCUGAAACCUGUAAAUGAAGGAUUUAUAUAUCAAGUAAAUGGUAGCAUGGAUCUAAUAAAGGUCAAUGUUGGCCAAAGAGAUUUGAGUACUAUGAUUACAAUAUACCAAGACAACUACGCUCAGUUUCAGUUUAUGGACAGUAGCAAAGCAAACGAUAUAUCGCCUGAUGCUGAAAGUGGGCCUGAGGAAUCAGUGCGAAAAUUAGAAGUGUUCCUGUACACAUCAACUGAUGUGAGGAAGGAAACGUCAUUCACUUUCAUAAUGGAAGGAAUUAUCCUCACCUUGUACACAGAUGCUGAAGAUAUGCGUUCGAGUAAUGUGAGAGAUCCUGACCAGGCUUUGACGAGUUUCAGCUUAGAUGAAGCCAGCAUAUCAUUAGAAACCACGAAUGACAAAGCGAUUGAAUUGAAGUGCUCUUGCCAGGCAGCUACUCUUAUAGACUUGAGAGCACCGAAGUAUUCGUCUUUAAGAAAAAUAUUCCAGUCAUACAGUGGUGAUGCAGGUGGAUGCACAGGUGUCGCUGGCAUCAGUCUAAGUAUGCCACCAAUGGUUGAUCUCACUUAUCGUCGAACAGGAACUGGUGAUGCAGCAGUGGACGCCGUCGUCGAAAAGAUUCGUCUAAAUGUUUCUGUUUCGUACAUUUUGGGUGUACUGAAGUACGUGUCGGAUGCCUUACCCGGCAGUCGACUUCCCAGUUCUAGUGCCUUUUUGGAAGACGAUGAGGGAAGAGGACGGCUUCCAUCUGACUGCACAAGUGGGUAUUUGUCGACAGUCAGUACUGAAGAUACGAGGGCACUAUCCCUAUCGGUCAUAUUCCGAAAGCCUGAAAUUGUCCUCUUUGCUCAACCUGAUGCACAGGACACUGGUGUUCUUGUUCUCAAAAUGGAUGUAACGCUGGAUUACAGUUUCAACCUGGGACAGGGCAAUUUCGUGCUAUUUUUUGCUGGAUUGCACAUGCUCUCGUGCAUUUAUGGACGAAGAAAACAUACAAUGUGUACAGUCCUAUACCCUUGUGAAGUGGAAAUGAACCGAAGCCUCCGUUUAGUAGAGGAAGAGGUCCAAAUGUCGGUCAGCGUCAGCAGUGUCCAACUCUGUCUUAGCGCUGCCGUUGUUCAGACCAUAACGCAAGUUUUCCAACAGCUUAUGGCCAACAUGCAGGAAGAAGAAGAUAAAAGAAAUUAUCGACUGGAUAAGGAGCAACGACAGAUACAAGAUCUGUGGUCACCUGUCUCUAUUUAUAAGCAAAAAUGGUCAGAACCUGAGUGUACCUGUGGAUAUACUCGAGGACAAUUCAUAAUUCCAAAAUAUUCGGAAACUCUCAACUUCAGCAUUCCAGAAGUCCUAGUGUGGUGCGAAAUCAGUGGCGUUGUUCGCAACAUUCCUGUUUUAUAUGCUAAAGGGUCUUUCGAAGCUGAAAUAAAAGACUGGUCUACUCAGAUGAAAGCUAGUGGAGAGACUCAUCUUGAAAUUAUGUAUUAUAAUGAGAAAAUAUCUACAUGGGAGCCCCUUUUAGAACAUGUGCUGAUUCGGGAAGGGCAAUAUCGACCCUUAGAAGUGAUGUUCAAGGUAUUCAGAGGGCGUGCUCAUCCUAUGGUUUGCAAUGGAAGCGAUGAACUGGAAUCCAAUGCUCAAUGUCUUAUGACGACAGAUGCCGCGCCUUCCGUGUCUUCUUCCCUAUCAUCAUCAGGUAAUGAAUCAGACGAUGACGAUGUCAUGACUACAACCGUCAUUCGACGCAAACUUCCUGCUAGAACAAAGAGGCUCUCGUCCAUUGCUAAAUCAAGAGAUUCUGCGAGCUUCGUAGCAUACCCUGGAGAUUCCGAUAGCGAAAAUGAAGAUGGCGUCUUAGAAAAAAUCGCUUCAACAUUUGACCACCUGUUCUCAGAGGAUGAAGAGGGCGCAUCUGAUGAACCACCAUCAGAUUCUGAAGGUAUAGCAGAUAUCGAUGCGAGAUCUGAUUCUGGAGAAACAGAAACUGCAGACAACGAAGAUGUUUUCGAUGAUGCAGCCCCUGUGUAUACCAGUCCUCAUCAACAUCAUCACCAUGAGCAUAGAUCAGUUGACGCUUUAGCAGACACAGCUCUUUAUUUAACCAUAGAUUGCAGGGACACUAUCAACUUGAAUGUAACUCCAGCUGCAAUAUCUGCUGUGCAAGAAGUUCUGACGGAAUUCACAAUGCCAGAUAUGAGAUUAAUGAAAUCAGUAGCUCCUGAAGAAAAGAAGGAAUUGCAACUUAAAAACUCUCUUGGAUCCGAAGUCGCACUUAAGAUUCUGAAGAAAAACGAGAAAGGCGAGUACGAGGUCGUCGAAGACGUGACAGGACGAGCCCCCAAGAAAGGUCUUGCUGAUCCAGAUCUGGUGACACCGCUGGUGGACAUCAGUCCUGCUGAUUCCGAUUGUGAAAUGGCUGGGGAUGACAAUGAUGGAUUCCAUAUGAGUAGUACAGCAUGUUCUGCUGUGAAGAAGUUUGUACCUAGUGACAUCUUGUAUGAAGAAAAAUCAAUUGCACAACUGUAUGAAGAAUCUACCAUGGAAAAACUUCAAAUUGAGGUGGAAAGUUUCGAUAAACUAGCAUGUCUGCUCCCACAUAAAACAGCAACCACUAUGUAUGCUCUUCAGCCAGUAAAGAACAAAACCAGAUACUUUGUUCUUGUGGAUACGGAAUUACAUCAUGGAAAAAGAACGGUCACAGUUAGAUCUCCAUUAAAAAUUCAAAAUCAUUUGGGACGUGCUGUUCAUGUAUUGUGCGAAAAGGCUUCGCUGGAAUCAGCAGGAGCAAACCCGGAGGAUUAUUCCAAGAAUCCAUUCCAAGACAAAUUUGUACGCCUUACUACAUUGCAAUCUGGUGAUACCUACGAUUUACCACUCCUUGUUGCUUAUCAUUGCAAAUUGUAUAUUCGGCCAUUGCCUACAGAGGGAGAUUGCAAAGAAUAUGGAUUGAGUACUGAAGGAAUUUGGUGGAAAGAUAUGACCGUGCCUCAAAAGAGCAGCACAUUCUUGGAAUGUUUCGCUGAAAAUGAUACAGAAAACCUGACUUGCGCAAAGGUAGUUUGUGAAGAGAACAGAGAUUUGAAAACCCCAUCCGUCGGAACAAAGCUCGUACCCAACUUUUUACUGCAUCUUUAUCCGCCACUUGUCUUCCAUAACUUAUUGCCUUUACCUAUUGAUAUUCAUGUUAAGAAUAAGGAUAGAACGAUGCGGUUGAAAGAAGGGGAGAGUGCAGUUUUCUUCGAUUUUGAUCCACGUCAACCUCAAGAAGUUUCCUUGGAGGUUAGUCAAUACAUCGGUCUUCAGUGGCACGGUAAAAUGUCUGUUAGUGGUGAGACAGAGGAGCUUCAUCCAGUUAGUAUGAGUCCAGAAACAGACACUGGUGGUGGAAACAGACAUCUCUCACUACACGUCCAUGUAACAAGGGAGAAAAGUCUCGACUUGUACAUGUUUUCGCCGUACUGGAUAAUCAACAAAACAGGACUGCCACUUCAACUUAGAGGUUCCAAUUCUGAUGCUGUUUAUGAGGCUUCAACCAGUACGGAUCCUGUUUUAUUUAGAUUUAAGAAACAUCGGAAGAAGAAGGCUAAACUACGAGUCUACAGUUCACAAUGGUCUAGAUCGUUUUCAUUGGAUACAGUGGGUAACUGUGGAGUUGUAAUAUGUGCUGACAAAGAAAGGAAUAAAAAAUACCACUUUUUCGUUGAAGUGGAGAUGUCCAAAAUGCUUUUAACGAAAGUUGUUGUCAUAAAGCCUUUCUUCUUAGUUAUUAACAACACAGAGAAUCAUCUACGCUUUAUGGAGAAAAAUGAUGCUACCGACCUGUGGUUUGAUAUAGCGCCAAAUAAGUGCCUUCCAUUUUGGCCAGACACAUCUUCCCUAAAAAUGUUUGUUAAAUUGCGAGACAGCAAGACAGUGUCUCAACAUUUCCCCAUUGAUUUCUCGCAUGUCACUGUUCUGAGAAUGGAGCACGGAAGUGCAUUGAAGGUUGUUGUUAAAAACGGAGAAGACUUCCCAACGACAAUCGCUUUUCAUCCUUAUACAUCCGGAGAUUCUCCAGUUCGUGUGGACAAUUACUGUGAAGAUUUAUUCCUAAAGAUACAUCAGAAAUCCCAAAGUCAAGUCACUUUGUUGAAUCCUUAUCAAUCUGUUCUGUACACGUGGGAUGAUCCUAGUCAAGAAAGAACGCUGAUUUGGAAUUUGUACAACAGGAAAAGAAUGGGAUUUCCCGCCAGAAUUACGCGAGACGGUUAUGGAUUUGAGAAAGUUUCUUUCCAUUCUAUUAGAAAAACUUUGGUGCAGCAACCAUCCCUCAGGACAUCAUCUAUGGAGCAGAGUAGCAGCUCUGAUGACGAUAGUGAAUCCGAAGACGGUCUUCUACCUAAAAAGACUCGUAAAGACAAAGUAGUUGUGCACUGGGUAUCUUAUGUUGAGAAAGAACAAAGAGUGCUUCUUUUUACCCAAGAUGAUAGAAUAGCUCGGCAAGCAAGAAAGGCUGUGGAUGGUGAGAGAGCUUCCCUGGAGUUUUUCUUAUCGCUGAAUGGAAUUGGAUUGUCGAUCGUGAGCGACGCUCACCGAGAAAUAGCUUAUGCCAGCCUCACGUCAUGCCCCGCCAUCUGGGAGAUCGAAAUCAAUCACUCUUGGAAGCUGCUUACUCUGGAAUUGUCAGCUUGGCUAGAAGAUAAAUGGAAUUCUGAUGUUCAAAAAGCUCAGCUGAAAGACUACCUGCAGGUUGAUUUGAGCAAAAUGCAGAUGAUAAAACCAUUUUUUGGUCAGUUGCGAAGAUUUUACAGUCCUGCCUUUUGGCUCCAACUCCGGAAGUCCCCUUACCAAACCUAUGCUCAUCUUAAAAUACACAGGUUUCAGGUGGACAAUCAGCUUCCGGAUGCUGUCUUCCCAACCGUCCUCCAUCCGGGAACAACGCCCCAAUAUGUUGUGCGCAGAAGCGGUCCCAAACCUUUCUUUGAGAGCGCAUUACUUUUGCAUUCCUCUCGGACGACCAAGACUCUCAAAUACUGGAAAGUUUUACUACAGGAAAUGCACCUACAUUUGGAUCGAGGUUUUAUUCUUUCACUCUACGAUAUGUAUUCUAAUUUCAAAACUGAUGUGGAUGAGGCUACUAAACUGCAGGAAGAUCUGAAAAUUGUUCAAACACCUGCAGUAGAUAUGGAACAGCAGUCAAUAAGACGAUCAAGAAAAGGAAUCUCUUUUGAAUACAUCCACCUCUCGCCAACUGUGGUCCACUUCAGCUUUAGUCCGCGGGGCACAGUUCACAGAGCAACACCUUUAACAUCUUCAUUGCAAGGUGACAUUUUGGAUUUGCUCCUAAACUCGGUUGGGGCCACUCUCACAGAAGUCAAGGACGUGGAAAUCAGAUUGGCAUAUUUCGAGCGCCGUGGCAUUCUCUGCAGGUGGCAGGAUCUUGUGACAGACAUUCGUAGCCAUUAUAAAUCGCAGGUAGUACAACAAGGAUAUGUUUUGGUGCUUGGCCUUGACAUACUGGGCAAUCCAUAUGGACUCUUGAAGGAUUUCACAAGGGGCCUUGGAGAUUUCUUCUAUGAACCUUAUCUGGGAUCAAUUAAAGGACCUGAUGAAUUUGCGGAAAGUUUAGCAAGGGGAGCUCAAAGUCUUCUGGGCCAUGUUAUAGGUGGAUCUGCCGGAGCUAUAUCGUUAGUGACGGGGUCAUUAGGACAGACAUUUUCUGUGUUAACUUUUGAUGAUGAUUAUCGAAAGAAGCGACAACAACGUAUGCAGUUACGAUCCACUUCUCUCCCUGAAAGCCUCUGCACUGCCGCCAAAACAUUUGUUCUGGGAGUUGUUCUUGGUUUAUCUGGCGUUGUUGUGCAGCCUGUUACUGGGGGCCAGCAAGAAGGAGUCGAAGGCUUCUUCCGAGGAAUUGGUAAGGGUCUGCUUGGACUAAUAACAAAACCAGCAGGUGGUGUCAUGGAUAUGGUCAGUAUGGCCUUCGAUGGAAUAAGAAGAGCUGCUGAAAUGGGUGAGAGUGUUGUCUUAAGGAUGCGUUUGCCAAGAUAUAUUAAUCCAGCUGAAGGACUUAGGCCAUAUUCUCCAUAUCUAGCAUCAGGCUGCCACCUUCUGGAACAAGUUAGCAAAGGACACUAUGCAGAAACAGAUGUGUAUUGGGCACACGCUGCUUUGUCGCCUCAUGACAGGACAAGAGUGGCUUUGGUGACUGAUAGGCAUUUGUUUCUUUUGGAAAAAGGACGCUUCUGGGGCGGAUGGAUCGUCGAAUGGGUGAUAAGCGUCGACGAUGUCUUGACAGUACCCCAUAUACAAGGCCAUAAUCUUGUAAUUAAAGUAAAGCAGGAGGACUGGAUACUUAACUUCGCUGGCGAUGAGCGGUAUGUACAGAGCGAUGACCUACAAGUCUUAGAGUGGCUGAAAGACAAAGUUGAAAAAGUUCUGCUAUACAACAUGAGGGGUAAACCUUGCCCAUUAUGAGCUGUGCCUUUCCUGCGCCACGGAACAUAAUUUGAGAAACGAAUUGCAGAGUCUACUGUACUGGCUCAUGGAACAUAAACUAGUCAAAUGGACAUUUAUGCCUAUUUAGGCGACUAUAUGUUUUGCUGUAAACACUAAAUGUGAUGAACAAAUUUUAAAAACAGUUAUUUGAGUGUUGUGUAAGCAACAUUUUUUGCUGCGGUCAUUGUUAGGCAGCUGAAACUCAUUGCAUUGCUUAAGGUUUUAAUUUUAUUUAACAAAAGAACCAGCUGCAUUUUAACUUAUGCAACUAUAAGCAAAACUUGGGGUUAAUGGAUUCAAUUAGAUGUGUAAAGAAACAUUGGAGUAAAUGGAUUCAAUUAGAUAUGUAAAGAAAUAUUGGAAUAAAUGGAUUCAAUUAGGUAUGCAAAAAAUCUUGGAGUAAAUGGAUUCAAUUAGAUGUGCAAAAAAAAAAAAAAAGGCUUAAGGCAUCUGGAUUUACUUAGAUAUAUAAAAAAAAGCUUGAAAUUAUUGAAUUCAGUUAGAAAUGUAAUAAAAAAAUCUUAGGAUUCAAAUUAAUUGUUUUAUUUGGGCUUUUAUAAAUAUUUGAUUUAUUUUGAUAUGAUCUUUCGUUAUUUUGAUGAAGAUCAUAUUAAGAGAUAAAAUUAUUUAGGCUUAAUUAGGUAAAGAAAAAAAGCACUUUAGAAGAUAACAGAAAAUAUAUUGAUACGCAUUUAACUUUUCUAUAAAUUCAAAGAAAUUCUGAGCAUUAUGGCUUGGCUAUUUUAUAUUUUGAAAAUUCGAGUACCGGUUUCGAGCGUAUUUCAAAAUUAUUUAAAGAAAUAAAUUGAUUAUUAUGAUACAAAUAUAAACAAAAUCUAUAUUUUUACAAUAAGGACUAAUUAUUUUUCAAAACACAGUCUUUUCUUGUUAUAAAGAUUGGUGUGAUUAAAAAGAUAAAG